AUGGGUCGGUUCCAGGAAUACCAAGUCGUUGGUCGCAAACUCCCGACCGAAAAGGAUGCCAACCCCAAACUCUACCGCAUGCGGAUCUUCGCGCCCAACGACGUGGUCGCCAAAUCCCGUUUCUGGUACUACCUCCGUCAGCUCCGAAAAGCCAAGAAGGCAUCCGGGGAGAUUGUCGGACUGAACGUCAUUCACGAAAAGAAGCCUCUCAAGGUCAAGAACUUCGGGAUCUGGCUCCGAUACGACUCUCGCUCCGGCACCCACAACAUGUACAAGGAAUUCCGAGAGCUAUCCCGUGUUGAUGCUGCUCAAGCCUGUUACCAAGACAUGGCCUCUCGUCACCGUGCCCGAUUCCGCUCAAUCCAGAUUCUUCGGAUUGCCGAGAUCGAGAAGGCCGCCGAUGUCCGUCGUCCCAACAUCAAGCAACUCCUUGUGCCCAAGCUUCGUUUCCCUCUGCCCCACCGCGUUGUCAAGUACCGAAGCAAAUUCCUUGCCACAAGACCCUCGACUUUCUAUUAA